AGUCGUAUGUCACGUGCUCUCGCGCGCUUCUUUUCUCUCAUCUGUACACAGUGCGCAGGUGGCGCGCGCCAUUCUCAAUCGCGCCAGAUAUUCUCGGUGCCUGCACCUUGGCUAUACCCACUCCAUAACUAACUUAACUCCCGUCACGCCGUGAUGCGCGGCAAACCCAACCAUGGCUCAAACGGCCAAGAUACCGGAUGACGACAGCACAGCAUCCUCGGUCGAUCGAACCCCUUCCUCCAACACAAACACGCUCGGCAAACGCAAACCCACGGCCGACUUCGAAGGGAAGGUCACCUGGACCGACGACGACUCCGACCAUGGCGCCGAGGACCUCAAGCGACAGCGAUCCGCCAAACGCCGCGCCAUCUCCAAGGGGAAACAGCCCGCGAGGAAGAGCGCCGCCGGCAGGACCAAAGGAUCUAACAAGAAGCGAGCCAGCGACCUGCGCGCCUGGGUCAACGACGUCGACGAGUCGAGCGCCCAGGAGGAGUUCGCCGGCGCCAGCGUGCCGGGAUACCUGCUGCAGCGGAGGAAGCGCUUUGAUAGGGACAGGGAGCGGCUGCGGGAUGCGGGGUUGAAGCUGCCGCCGGAUUACUCGGAUAUCUACUUCUCUGAUGAUGACGACAACGGGGGCGCAACGGAGAGGCUUGGCGAGCGGCCCCAGUUUGAAGAUAGGACUGGUGUCAAGCCGUGUCGGCCGUAUGAGGAUAUCGAGCUCGAGUACUCGGCGGGUGUUAUCCCGGCGUCGAUUGCCCAGUAUCUUCGCGAUUACCAGAUUGCGGGCGUCAAGUUCCUGCACCAGCGGUUCGUUUAUCAGAAGGGCUGCAUCUUGGGCGAUGACAUGGGUCUGGGGAAGACGGUGCAGGUGGCUGCGUUUCUUACCGCCGCCUUUGGGAAGACGGCGGGCGAGCGGGAUGCGAAGCUGAUGAGGAAGAUGCGACGGGCGGGCGACCAGUGGUAUCCGCGCGUCUUGAUCGUCUGUCCCGGCUCGCUGAUCCAGAACUGGAAGAACGAGCUGAAACUCUGGGGGUAUUGGCAUGUUGACACCUACCAUGGCCCUGGCAAGGAGGACGUCCUGCAAGCUGCCAAGGCUGGGAGACUCGAGAUCAUGAUCACGACCUAUGUCACCUACAAAAAGAUGCGCGAGGCGGUCAAUGAAGUCGAGUGGGACUGCGUUGUUGCCGAUGAGUGCCAUAUUCUCAAAGACCGGAGGUCCGAGACAACCCAGGCCAUGGACUGCGUGAAUGCCCUCUGCCGGAUUGGCCUGACCGGCACGGCCAUCCAGAACAAGUACGAGGAGCUCUGGACCCUCUUGAACUGGACGAACCCCGGCCAUUUCGGGACACUGGCCGAGUGGAGCAACACCAUCACCAAGCCUCUCACCGUCGGCCAGUCGCACGAUGCCACCCUGAAGCAGCUCAGCGUCGCCAGAACGACGGCCAAGAAGCUGGUCCAGAACCUACUUCCGGAGUUCUUCCUGCGGCGGAUGAAGACGCUCAUCGCCCACCAGCUCCCCAGGAAGAGCGACAAGGUCGUCUUUUGUCCGCUUACCGACAUCCAACGCGAGGCCUACCAGAACUUUCUAGAGGGAGACCACGUCACAUUUGUCAACUCGGCAUCCGAGCUCUGUGACUGCGGUUCAGGGCGCAAGAGAGGCUGGUGCUGCCGGAAGACGCUCCCUGACGGGAAAUCGUGGAUGAGCGUCGUCUUCCCAAGCAUCAUGACGCUGCAGAAGAUAGCGAACCACAUCACUCUGCUGAUCCCCUCGUCUGCCGAUCCAAACGACAAGCAGAAUUCGGAGCUUAAUGCGCUCCAGACCUGCGUUCCUGACGACUGGAAAGAGCUCUACCGGAACCGAGACUCGAUGCUAAAUCUGGCUAAUCCCGAAUUUUGUGGGAAGUGGAAGAUCUUGAAGAAGCUGCUGCGCUUCUGGCACGAGAAUGGAGACAAAGUGCUCGUCUUCUCGCACAGUGUCCGGCUCUUGCGUAUCCUCCAACACCUGUUCCACAACACGAGCUACAAUGUCAGCUUCCUAGAUGGCACGCUGAGCUACGAAGAUCGCCAGAAGGUAGUGGAUGACUUCAACUCGGACCCUUCGCAGUUCGUGUUCCUCAUCUCGACGAAAGCCGGCGGCGUUGGCCUCAACAUCACAUCGGCUAACAAGGUCGUCAUCUUCGACCCGCACUGGAACCCCUCGUACGACUUGCAAGCCCAGGACCGCGCGUACCGCAUCGGCCAGGUUCGCGACGUCGAUGUCUUCCGUCUCGUCUCGGCGGGCACUAUCGAAGAGAUCGUCUACGCGCGGCAAAUCUACAAGCAACAGCAAGCCAACAUCGGGUACAACGCGUCCAACGAGCGGCGCUACUUCAAGGGUGUGCAGCAAGACAGCAACCGCAAAGGCGAGAUCUUCGGCCUCAGCAACCUCUUCAGCUUCCACGGCGACCAGGUGGUUCUCCGAGAAAUCGUCAACAAAACCAACAUCGCCGAAGCCAAAGCCGGCGUACACCUCAGCGACAUCGACCUCGCCAAGAUGGCCAAAGCCGACGAAGCCAAUCCCGAAGACGAGGACGACGACGAACUCAGCCUCAUCAAGCCCGAACCAAACGACAACGACAACGACGACGAACAAGGCAUGAGCCAACUCGCCAAACUCAUCACGGCCGAAAACCGCGAGGACCUGGUGCGCGCGCACCGGGCCACCAAGCCCCGCAGCGACGCCAUCGCCGGCAUCCUGGCGUCGGCCGGCGUCGAGUACACGCACGAGAACUCCGAGGUCAUCGGCACCAGCCGCGUCGAGGCCCAGCUCUCGCGCCGCGCCGAGCUCGCCGGCCACGGGCCCGACCAGGAACCCACCGCCGACGGGGCUGAUGACAGCGUGCUGUUUGCGGAUAGCCAGGGCGGUGAUGCCCACCUCCCUUCAGCCACCACCACAGAAACCACAGCUGCCUUGGAUGGCAGCAACCCCUGGCGCAUGCACAACCGCUUCAACCCGCCGGUGGAAAUCAUGCGGCGGCAGUUCUGCUCGAUGGCAAGGGAGUUUGGGUUCCGUGAUGUCACUGAGUUUGCGCUGGUCGUCGAGAGCUGGACGCAGGAGCAGCGGCGGAAUUGUUUGGAUACGUUUUAUCGGGUGAGGGAGGUCAAGGUGUUGGAGGGGGAGUUGAAGCGGGUGGUUAAGGGAGAGGGGGUGGUGGUGAAGGGGGAGGGGACGGGGACAACGUCGGGUGCGGAAGGGGGUGGGGAUGGUGGGGUGGUGAAAAAAGAGGUUGGGGGGGUUGCUGCUACGAAGGAUGAGGGUGGUGGUGACAACAAGGUGAAGGGGGAGAGGAUGGAUUCGCCUGUUCGGUUGUCGCCUUUGUUGGACGUCAAGAUGGAAGGGGAGGGUUCCCCGGCGCAGUUUGAGACGGGGAAAGUGCGGGCCGGGAUGGAGAAGACGGAGCAGACGAAGACGGAGAAGACGGAGACGGUCAAGGUGGAGAUCACGCGGGUGCCAACAAUAUUCUUAUCCGACGACGACGAGGACGAUGAGCUUUAACACGGGCGAUAGUGGCGUUUGGACGGAGGAAGAUACCCCUGAAUUUCUAUCCAUCUCAUCAAUGAAGCAAUACCUACUACCAUUGACGAAGUAGGAACUACUACUGAGGGAAUCCCAUCCUUCAAUGACAUGCACAAGAGAGCAUGUGCGUCUGCUGCAUGUGAUUGCUGCCAAGCUUCACUCCAGACUGGGAACCCCCGUGGUGUGUAACUUGACGGCAGCAAGUGGCAUCCGGGGUCCAAGUUGGCCGAGGUCAAACGGUCCAAUGGGCCCAAUCAUGCCAAUCAAUGGCGAAGAGGGUUGGUGGCAGCCGCAAAAGUGGAUGCCGAGCGGACAAUGCACCCGGAGAGGAGACGCCUAUGACGCAUCUUCACAUGCCAUCGAAAUGGCGAUGA